AGAUCCGUAGCCAUUGUUGCUCAAGCCUUUUGUGUUCACGCUUCGAGUAGUGUCGAAACUUGCCGACCCCUGCGUGAAGAAUCAUUCUCAUCUGAGCGGGCCCACCACAGCUUUGUCAUGGCGGCGGUAGCGAUAUGUGUAUCGGUUAUGGCCGUAUUUUCUUGGCGUGGAGAGGCGGUGGAUUGCAAAACUGAUGGUACCGAUUAUUCGUACACGGAAUCAAUCUCUGGUUCCAGGCGCACGGUGGUGACCAAUCAUUGUCCAAACCACCCUUUUUUUGAUUUGAAUCCGAAUACGGCAGUGAAGGAGCAGAGGACAUACACGAUUCCGGCGAUCCCUAGAUACGUGGGCGCGUACACAGAUUCUUCCACUUCCUCAGCGCACAUCGACCUCUCAUCGGUGGGUGGCGAAGUCGGCGUGUUCUUCAAUGCGGCCAUGUUGUUUUCCCCCUACGGUGGCCCUACCUAUGGUACCACAACGGGUUGGACCACCUCGGCUACAUAUGCGGAGGGUUCCACAUUUGACCCGUGCGGAUGUCAUGGAUCGAAGUCGGAUGAGCCAUCGUACCACUGCCAUGUGCCACCCAGUUGUCUGUUGAACCAGUUGGGUCAGACGUCUUCGGCCCACUCCCCCCAGAUCGGUUGGGCGUUCGACGGUUUCCCGGUCUAUGGCCCGCGCGGUCCUUCUGGCAGGAUGAUGCAGACGUGCACUGAGACAGGAGGGACAUACGGGACAGACGUGUGCACAGACGAUUGUGGCGGAUACUAUCAGGCUGACGGCUCCAUUGACGAGUUCGUGUACAGGUACUACACGCUUGGCCAGUACAACGAUGGCACCAGCUGUGUCGCACCCGGCUGCUCGUCACCCACGUCUGAGUUCUUUCCCAACACGAUGAUGUGCUACCGGGGCUGCUGCCCCAGUGGAGUUUCGUGCCACAGCUCGAUCACGAGUUGCCCAGGCUCGGGCACCUUGGACGGGGUCACGAGCGAUUACGCGGCCUCCGUGCCCACUGUCAACGGCUUGUCUGUGGCCUCGGGGCUCCCGCUGAACACCGCGGCCUGCGACGACGACGACAUCGCGUGCGGCUCCUGCUCGGAGUGCGAGUGGCGCCAGAACAAGUGCGGCGUCACCGGCCCGAGCACGGGCUCGUGCACGGGCAUGGCAGCCACGCCCGCGCCCCCUGCGCCGCCGACGCCCGUGCCCACGCCCGCGCCGACGCCCGUGCCCUCGCCCGCGCCGACUGCGCCGCCGACGCCCGCGCCGCCGCCGACGCCCGCGCCGCCGCCCACGCCCGCGCCGCCGCCCACGCCCGCGCCGACGCCGGCGCCGACUGCGCCGCCGACUGCGGCGCCGGCACCCGCGCCCACGGCCAAGCCGCCGACAGUGAACCAGGCCUCGGGAGCGCCAGCAUGGCCGAGCCGCUGGCGAGGGGCCCUGGCGCUGGCCGCCGUCGCGGCGUCGCUGUGAGGGUGCUGGGCCGUCCGUGGCGCGCGCGCGCGUGCACGAGUGUGCACGCCACACGCGCGCACGAGCGCGGGUGUGGGUGCAUGGCAGCCCACGGUCACGACUCAGAGAUCUUCACCAGCGUUGACAGGGUUACUGUUCUAAUCGAGCGUUUGGCCAGAAGUGCCAACAUUUCAAGUUGUCGAGAGUAGCCCUGCCAGGCCACCGCAGCGCGAGGGGGCGCACCGCAAACCCUCCUGUGAAAGGCUCGCGUUUUGAGUAGAGCACUGCUCGCGCAACCUACCCACCCCCUCCUUCGCCUACAUCCUCCUGCUUCUGUACGUCCUCCUGCAUCGUGUGCGUCCUCUUGGGGGCGGCGAGCUACGCAACUGUCGCGACUUUCGCGCUUUGCUGGGAGGCAGUGGUGGAGGUGAGGGCCACGGGGAUCACUUUGAGACCUCGCGCCCGCCUCGGGGGUUGCGAACUGCGCAGCUGUCGCCGUUUGCGCGGGCUGCUGGGAUCCACGGUGGAGGUGAGGGCCGCGGGGAUCACGUUGAAACCUCGCAACUCCCUCGGGGGCUGUGAAUUGCGCAACGUUCGCCACUUUCGUUGCCUCCUCGGAGGCGCGGCGGAGGUGAGGGCCACGCAGUUCAUAUGAGAGUCGUGUAGAGAAACCCCAGAGGGGUUUAGCAUACGCAAGUUGCUCGUGUUCAGGGCCACGUCGCGCAACGCCGCAGCCUCGAGGUCACACUCUUGUGGCACACCGAUUAGUUUGCCUGACCUCUCCGCGCGACCUUGAUUCGGCAAAGCAGCAACCCGAUACGGGGGUUGUAACAUUUUCAUUGCUCGGGCAUGGUUCCGCGUAUGUUGCCACACGCUUCUGUUCAUCGUGGUGGGACCGCAGCCGUCUGGCUGCGACGGCACCAACGACUCGGUUGCGACGGCACCCGCGGCAAUUCAAUAGUUGAUACGGUUGUGACAGGUUGUGUGAUGUCGCUCGCAGCAAAAGGGAGAGAAAGAGCGAGAGAGAGAGAGAGAGAGACCCC